CCGCCAAGAGGAAAUGACGCCCGACGAACCGCCCAGCUAUGAAGCACCACCCGACUAUGAGGAAGUAAUCAAGGUUGGCAUGGAACAGGAGAUACGUGAUGCACGCCAACGUCAACGGCGUCGCCAUCAUCACCAUCCCGAGCACGGUUGUGGGCACGCCGCCUGCAUUCUACCGCACACACAUACCUGCGAUCGUCCGACCACAUCAGCGGCUGCCGCAGCCAUUGCGCUUAACGGCACUGUGGCUAUUACAAAUGGUGUCGGCGGCGCACAAUUGCCCGAUGCAGAAAUACGCAAUGAACUGGCUAAUCGUGUGCUAAUGGCUACCGCAGCUUGUGGCGCUGCAGGCGCGUCAGAAUCGGGCACACCUGCGCAGGGAUGCUGCUGCUGUCAAUCCAUGGGGAUUCAGUCGGGCCCGACAUCGCUUCCCAUUGGGUGUGAAUUAUCCCCAACCGUUGGCGAACAGCCGGAGACCGGGACGAGCUCUACCGGAACGCCCAGUCAACUUGAGGAACGAAGUGCCGAAUUUCGAGAUGACUCACUCAAUAUAUCGCUCACUCUAGGCAUACCACAAACAACAAUGGCUCUUAGCGAAAAUAAUUCAAAUGUUUCAUCGCGCCCCAGGAGCACAACUAAUUACAGCGAACAAACCCAUUUGAAACGCUCCUGGAUUGUUGUUAGUAACGGUACACACAACUACAAAGUUCAACGUUUGCGACACACAUUCUCAGUGCCAGAGUCAUUCCCAAUUGAUGCCUAUUACCCAGAUGUGCUAAGCUAUGGUACCAACCUGCCACACGAACGCCAACUUUUCCUCAGCAACGCCAGCAAUUUUGGUUCAGAAUUAUCACGCGAUCCUUCAGCGCACUGCAUCAAUGCACGUCGACUCCAACAGCAGCAGCAAUUCAAUCAGCCGAUAACGAGUCAGCAGCAACGCAGCGCAAUUCUGCAUCUUUACGAUGACAAUACAGCUAACUGCACGGAUGUGGGCGUGGCAUCGACUUCCCAUAAUCAACAAACUCACCAAAAUCGUUCACCUAUUUCGGGUAAUUUGCGACAACAUUUGUUGCACAACGAAAUGGAUAGCGAUUGUGAGCAUGAAAUAUCGUGUUUUGGUGCGGUAAGCAAUCGUAUACAUGCCCGACGUAGUCAUGCCCGUCGUCAUGUGCGUAGCAAAUCCUUCACCAACUCAACCAGCUGUAAGCAGCACCAGCAUCAGCGAGUCGGAAGUGGUGGUGUUAUGAGACGCAGUUCGUCGGCCGAUUUGUUGUUGCGUUUAAGUCCGGCCACUUCACCGUCAUCGCCACAGGAAUACCAUAUGUCGGCGGAUAUCAAUGGUCAACAGUAUACAAAGCAUGAAGAACUGAUAUUUUUGAUUUAAAGUAUGUACCUAAGCGAAGGCAUAAGUAAGAGGGGAUUUUGGAGAAAGGUUGUGAAAGUGAAAUUGUGAAAUCGAUGCCCCUGUCAUGUAUCUCGAAAUCGCAUCAUUUUUGCGGGUGUAAUGAAAAUUUAGAGAGACUAAUUGUCGCAUACUUUUUGGGUGCUAGAAAUGUAUGGUGAGAAACAAAUUCGAACAUGUAAUUACAUAUACAUAUAUAUGUUAUGCGGAAGUAUUAAGGACCUUCAUUUCAAAGUGCCCAGAAUUCGAGAUACAUAAUCAGAAAGUCAAAGUUUUUGUUUGUCAUUUAUGUAUGUACAUGUACCUAUAGAAAUUGUUUGUAUUUUUGUGAAUGUGAUUUAGUUACUAAUUAUUACAAAUAAAACAUAACCCAUAAAGAGCUACAUACUACCUUUACGUUUACGACACACUAUCAACUGAUUUGUGUAUGAUAUUUAAUUACUCAUGUGUAUUUAUGACUUUGUAUUCAUUAUGAUUACCAAUACCUAACAUAACGCCAAAUAUGUAUGUAAACAAAAUCAAAUACCUGUUGCUGUGUAAAAUGGAAAAUAUUAAAUAUUUCAAAUGCAUAUAGAUUUAAUGGAAAAGCAGUAAAUACAAGCUAAUAAAAGUAUUGAC